UCAAAUGAAAUGUCAAUCAAUAGUCACGCACAGUACAAGUGCCAUACUAAACAAGAAUAGAAUAGAAAAUUGAUCCAAAACAAAUUCAAAAUUUGAUUUGUUUUGUUGAUUUAGAUCGUGUUGUACCUAUAUUGUAUUGUAAAUUUGUAUUGUUGUGAAUCAUCUUUAUUUAGAUAAUUUAAAAGAUUUGCCAUCCAUGCCAGAUUUGUUUAUUAUUUACUUCUAAAAAUCAGCAUGUCUACAGCGCCUAAACCCACAACCAAUAAAUCAAUCAGGACACGAAAUCAGCACAAAACUAAGAAAUUAGACAGGAUGAAUAAACCUAAGGAUUCCCAUGUAUGUAGAAUUUGCAGCAAAUCUAAGGCUGAUAUCCCAAUAUUUAAUGACAGCUUAGAAACUAGCCUUGCUAAAGAAAUAAAGUGCUUUACUGGUGUGCUGAUUAUAGAAUCAGACAUGUUUCCCAAAAUGAUGUGUGAGAGUUGUUACCAGCUGCUGCGAUGCUGCAUCACGUUCCGAGACGUGUGUCAGCGCACCAACAAGGAGCUCUGGAAGUCCCACUCAUUGACCACAGGCAGUGUGGGAAACUAUGCAACUGAAAAUGACAGUAUACUAGUCAAAAAAACCAUAGAAGAUAAUGGAAAUGAAAUUAAAGUUGAAGAAUUUGACAUUGAUCAUGAUCAUUUUGAUGAUAAUGAUGUAUAUCAUACUGAAAUUAAUGACAAAACUGAUGAUAUUAAAGAACACAUUAAGUCUGAUUCAGUGAAUUUAAUUUCUGAAGAAGUCAAUAAUAAGUUAAUGGUUACCAAAGAUUUACCAACUAAAGCAAAGGCUGUGCGACGUCAACCUAGUCAAAAGAGAAAAUCCAAAUCACCUACAUUAAAAAAGACUAUAGAAUCAUCCAAAGCAGGUGUGAAAACCAAGAAACAGUUUUUAUGUGAUAACUGUGGGAAAAUCUGUCCUUCCAUUGCUCAUUUGCGACUUCACAUGAGCACACAUUACAACAUAUUCCCUUUCAAGUGCGAUGUUUGCCCGUAUAAAGGACGAACAAAGAAUCUACUGACAGUACAUAAAAGAUCGCACUUAGCAAUAAAACCUUUCAAGUGUACUUUGUGUCCCAAAACGGCAACAUCGACCACCAAUCUCAAGAGGCACAUGGAAGGUGCACAUAAUGUUUUGUAUUCUAGUCCUAUAAAGUGUCCCAAUUGUGAGAAAGUAUUCAAAACCAAAACACAUCUUAAAGGGCAUGUGGAUGCAGUUCAUGAAAAUCUCGGAAAUACUGAAUGUGAAAUCUGCACUAAAGUUAUGAGAAAGAAACAUAUGCGCAAGCAUCUUUGGCGAGUGCACAAGAUACAGCCGCAAAAGCCUACACUUCCCAACAAGCUGCCUUCAUACAUACUGUGCAACCGCGCGUCGGAGCAGUCUCACCAACAACACACUGAGCACAGUGAAGAACUGACCAAUAGUGAACGAGUAUUUUAACAUUAUUACUAAGCCAAAGUUAAAGUUGAAGUGCAGAAAAGUCAAUUUGAUAGGCCACAUCUGGCAUGUGUGAAAUAUGUAAUCUUAUGUCUUUUGAAAUUGACUCUUAUUUCUUGUAUUUUAAAAUUACCUGUGUCAUUUGGAUUGAUGUGAGAGUGUUGUAAAGUAAACUGACUGAGGUGGCGAAUCGCAACGUCUAGUGAUGAGACUGGCUGGAGUAUUAAUGAGAAAUUAAAAUGGAAAACCAUGCCUAGGCUCACUAGUGUAGUAGGUAGGAAUUUUAGAUAUUAUUUUAACCUUUUCUUCAUGGUCAUUAUUAAUCAAAUCACAAAUCAAUAUUAAUUUCUGUAAUAAUAUAUAUAUAUGUAAUAAUAUAUACCUUUAAGAAAUUGAGUUCUUAAAAUGAAUGAAGUAUAAUAUAAUGAGAUCUUGAAUACUCCAAUGAUAUUUUAUUUCUAUA